AUGAACAAUCAAUACGAUCGUGCGAUGCGUGAGCAAUGGGACUCCAGCCUCAUGGGAGCGCAGUUCUGGGACUAUGUGACGAGAAGUUUCCAGGAACGUGCUAGAAAUGAGGGACAAGCCCUAACUGGCCAAUUGCCGCAUCAAAGCUCUACCCAGUCGCCUUCCAAAAGUCAUGUUCAGACUACAGUGACAAGCUCUACCGAGAAGAGUCCAAAGAAGCAGAAGAGUCGCUUGGAACUCUCUCGUCUGGCUUCUUUCAAUAGCACCAGACUCCGAAACACCAUUCAUCCCUCCCCCCCAAGGACUCAUACUCCAACCUCGCCUGAAAAGAGUCCCGAGACGAGCCAGAAGACUUCAAAGAAAGGUAGCCUGCGUCUUCCAAGACUGCCUUCCUUUACGUCUUCCAGUCUCAAGCGCCGAGGCCCAAUCCUCGCUUCAACUACAGGCAUUGUUGAACUCCAGAAGCCUACCCGGCCUUCCAUCCUGUCUCCUUCGACCUUCCUUCCACCUGAAUCUCCUCCUACUUUCUUCCCUCCUGAAUAUCCUAUUCCUCCCAUUACCACGGCCCCCCGUCCUGCCUUUCGUUCUCUCUACAGAGGACCGUCUGCUGCUAAUCUAGAUAUUGUACCCCCCAUAGCUCCCGAGGACCCUUAUCCUUUUUCCACAAUUUCUCCUAACCGUCGGAGCAUUAUCAGUUUUCAAGAGUGGCUUGAGCGACCAAGUGACCCUCUCCCUGAAUCUGUGCCUACUCCUCGCCCAGCUCACAGUUCUCAAAUAAACUUGAUGGCUUACCUCAACGAUGGUGGCACCUGGGAUAAUAUCCCACGCACCAAGCCAGUUCUCGAACUGAACAUGCUUUGUGAUGCUCGCAAGGCCUCACCAAAUGAUCGUGUUGGUCCGGAAGAUGACCAGAUCAUUUAUAAAGGUACUAUGUCUGAUGCGGCCAUUGAGGCCAAUGUUCCUGUUGCGAACGAGACUGCGACUGACAGCCUGGGAGCCCACCACUCCCCCAAGGAACCAGAGGGUGAGGUUAAGAUCAGAAUCACCAUUCCCUCUGAGGAGAACUUGCGACCUUUAGUCGAGUUUCGCAACCUGCGUGUGCUGCGUCUAACUGGUAUGUUUAAAUCAUACCAGAGUGUCAUCUGGCAGGCAGUCUGGUUGAACUCCCAGCUCACAACCCUCGAGCUGGAAAUGACAGUGGGACUGGAAAUCAAAAAGCCAGGUCCAAGGGGCUGGAAGCCCAUCACGGAUGGAUGGGUGAUGAAUGUGAAGUCGUUUGGCGCGCCCGUUUACCAUGGCGAGCACGGCAACGGAGAGAUCUCGAGCAAAAUCGGGUACGGCGAGUACCUUGACAAGUUCUGCAUCGAGAAGGCAAGGCUUCUUGCCGGCGCCACCAGGUUCCCCGUCCCCCGCUACCUGCCGGUCAAGCAUCUCACCUUGGCCGGCUUCGCCGUGGACGGGGAUGCGUUCGGGAUGUGGUUCCGGAACCUCGAGGAGGUUCACUUCAAGAAGGACUGCAUCGACUGCGGUUUCUGGUUGUCUCGCGCCCAGCGAGACGUUCGAGUUCGUCACUCGAACAACCUCGGAGUGGCCCGGGGUAAUGACGGGCCCUCCGGGGCCAGCUCCAUGGAGGAGCUCGAUGAGGAUGAGCUUGCCGAGCUCACCGCUGCGGUGGGAGGUCUGGGGGUCUCCAGGAUGUGA